AUGUUAUUAUGGAUUAUGUUAAUGCAAUACUGUUAUUAAUCUAAUUUAUAGCCGAUAUUGAAAAGCUGGACAUUAAUAUUUCUAUAAAGAUGCUAUGUAGAAUAAUAUUUUUUAUUAUUGUAAUAUAUCUAAGAGAUUUAAGGGAUUAUUCUUAGGUUGAACUAAUACUAUAUGUUAUUAUAUGGUUAUUAUUCCAUCUAUAUAUUUAAAGUUUUUAACAAUAAUAUUUUUCUAAAAGUGAAUCCAAAAUAUUAAAUUGAGAAAAAAAAAAUUUAAUUACAUAUAAAUUGUAAUUAAUAAUAGGAAAAUCCUAUUUUGGUAUUACUUAUAACUCUACCAUAGAGAUAUUAACUUUAGUAUUUUUUUCAAUUCAACUUUUUUUUUAUUUUUGUGAAUUAAUAUAUAUCUAAUUCAUUUGAACUACACAUAAAAAUGAUUACAAUAAAAUAGAGGAUAUAAACAAAUCUGUUUUGGAUUUUUCUUAGGAGCUUUGGGGUUAUUAUAUUUCUAUCAAUUCUGUCUCUAUAUAUUAAGACGAAUUACAGAAAUCCUAAUUUUGGUCAAAUGUAGCACUUUUAACUAAUGGAGGAAAAAUUAUACUAUUGA